GGCGACGUGAGCGCGCAGGGGGGCGGCGGCCUCGCCUGGUCUCCUUCUCUGCGCCUGGGUCGGGUGGGUGACGCCGAGCGCCAGAGAGAUGUCGGAUUUCGACAGUAACCCGUUUGCCGACCCGGAUCUCAACAACCCCUUCAAGGAUCCAUCAGUUACACAGGUGACAAGAAAUGUUCCACCAGGACUUGAUGAAUACAAUCCAUUCUCGGAUUCCAGAACAGCUCCACCAGGCAAUGUGAAAAUGCCGAAUGUACCCAGUACACAACCAGCAAUAAUGAAACCAACAGAGGAACCUCCACCUUAUACACAGAUUGCAAAGGAACAUGCCUUGGCCCAAGCUGAACUUCUUAAGCGCCAGGAAGAACUAGAAAGAAAAGCUGCAGAAUUAGAUCGUCGAGAACGAGAAAUGCAAAACCUCAGUCAACAUGGCAGAAAAAAUAACUGGCCCCCUCUUCCUGGCAGUUUUCCUGUGGGACCUUGUUUCUAUCAGGAUUUUUCUGUAGACAUUCCUGUAGAAUUCCAGAAGACAGUAAAGAUUAUGUAUUACUUAUGGAUGUUCCAUGCGGUAACACUGUUUCUAAAUAUCUUCGGAUGCUUGGCUUGGUUUUGUGUUGAUGCUGCAAGAGGGGUUGAUUUUGGAUUGAGUAUCCUGUGGUUCUUGCUUUUUACUCCUUGUUCAUUUGUCUGUUGGUACAGACCACUUUACGGAGCUUUCAGGAGUGACAGCUCUUUCAGAUUCUUUGUAUUCUUCUUCGUCUAUAUUUGUCAGUUUGCUGUACAUGUACUACAGGCUGCAGGAUUUCACAACUGGGGCAACUGUGGUUGGAUUUCAUCCCUUACUGGUCUCAAUAAAAAUAUUCCUGUUGGAAUCAUGAUGAUAAUCAUAGCAGCACUUUUCACAGCAUCAGCAGUAAUCUCACUAGUUAUGUUUAAAAAGGUUCAUGGACUAUAUCGCACAACAGGUGCUAGUUUUGAGAAGGCCCAACAAGAGUUUGCAUCAGGUGUGAUGUCCAACAAAACUGUCCAGACCGCAGCUGCAAAUGCAGCUUCCACUGCAGCAACUAGUGCCGCUCAGAAUGCUUUCAAGGGUAACCAAAUGUAGAGAAUCUCCAAACAGUGCGCGAUUACCUUUUGACUAUACUUUUUUCUCCACUUACUGUAUUCUAUAAAUAUUUUUAUGUUCAAAACACACAGUAAACACAGCAUGUAUAUCUCCUAUUCACUUGUGCAUGGGCGAAAAACAGAAAAAUUUCCUUGUCUUAUUAUUUACAGUUUCUUAAGAUUUUAGUACCCCUUGCAGAAAAAAAAUAUUACAUGCUAAAUAAAUAUUCUCCAUAUUUUUGGGGGGAUGAAUGUUCAGCAAAUUAUUCAGUGGUGAGACACUGAAACUAAUAUGGUACUUAUGAUUAAAAGUGUAUUUAGUAC